AUGCCCGUGAUGCGCGGUCUGAUCGCGCCACAAAACACCUUCCUGGAUACCAUCGCCACUCGUUUCGAUGGGACCCACAGUAACUUCGUCCUGGGGAACGCUCAGGUCCAGACCCUCUACCCCAUCGUCUACUGCUCUGAUGGCUUCUGUGAACUGACUGGCUUCGCCCGUGGCGAGCUGAUGCAGAAGAGCUGCAUGUGUCACUUCCUGUACGGCAGCGAGACCAGCGACCGCCUCACCUCACAGAUGCAGCAAGCUCUGGAUGAACGCCGGGAGUUCAAGACCGAGAUCAUUCUGUACAAGAAGAGUGGCUCCAAGUUCUGGUGUCUGCUGGACAUUGUGCCCAUAAAGAACGAGAAGAGCGAGGUUGUUCUGUUCCUGGUCUCACAAAAGGAUAUUACAGAAAAUAAGGACCUGGACCACGGCAAUGAAUCUGAAACUGACGAGGAAACUGGCCUUGAGAUCCACCAGAUCAGCCGCCCCCCAGGCUUCAACGUGGAGCGCCGCCGCAGCCGGGCCGUCCUCUACCAGCUGUCAGGACACCUACAGAAACAGGACAAAACCAAGAGCAAGCUGAAGAUCAACAAUAGUGUUCUUGGAGCCAACGCAAACCCGGUUCCAGAGUACAAGGUGGCAGACAUCCAGAAGUCCCGUUUCAUCCUCCUCCACUACGGUGCGUUCAAGGCCGGCUGGGAUUGGCUCAUCUUGUUGGCCACCUUCUACGUCGCCGUCACCGUUCCCUACAACGUCUGUUUCACUGCUGUGGAAAUAAGAGAGGACGGCGCCUCAGCAGCACGUAACCCUCCAAGUGUCAGCGAUAUCUUAGUGGAGAUACUUUUUAUUAUCGAUAUCGUGCUGAACUUCCGCACCACCUUUGUGAGCACGUCUGGUCAGGUCGUGUACGACGCCCGUUCCAUCUGCAUUCACUACGUCACAUCCUGGCUGUUUGUGGAUCUGAUCGCCGCCUUGCCCUUUGACCUGCUCUAUGCCUUCAAUAUCAGUGUGAACUUUGGAGUUCACCUGCUGAAGACGGUGCGCCUCCUCCGCCUCUUACGCCUCCUGCAGAAGCUGGAUCGUUACUCCCAGUACAGCGCUGUGGUCCUCACCUUACUCAUGUCCACGUUUGCCCUGCUCGGACAUUGGAUGGCCUGCAUCUGGUACUUCAUCGGACGCAGCGAGAUCGAAAGUAAUAGCCCCGCCUCCUGGGAUAUAGGCUGGCUCCAUGAACUGGCCAAACGCUUGGGAACGCCGUACUUCCUGGCCCCGCUGACCUCCCUGCUGGGAGUCUCUGAUUCGCCUCAAGGCACCAUGACAGCAGGACUGACCAAUCACAGCCAGUGGAACGGCUCGGGGUUGGAGCCGCUGAGCGGGGCGGGUUUGCUGGGUUCAGGCCAAUGGAACAGCAGCAGGACCAGAGCGAGGACGCCCAACGGCUCGGGGACCACACUGAGCGGCGGCCCGUCUGUCAGGAGCUCCUAUGUGACGUCACUGUACUUUGCUCUGAGCAGUCUGACCAGCGUGGGAUUCGGCAACGUGUCAGCCAACACAGACUCUGAGAAGAUCUUCUCCAUCUGCACCAUGCUGAUCGGAGCAUUGAUGCAUGCUGUGGUGUUUGGUAAUGUGACCGCCAUCAUCCAGAGGAUGUACUCACGCCGCUCCCUCUACCACACCCGCACCAAGGACCUCAAGGACUUCAUCCGGGUGCACCGGCUCCCCAAGGCCCUCGAGCAACGUAUGAUGGAGUGUUUCCAGACGACCUGGUCUGUCAACAACGGCAUUGACGUCAGCGAGCUGCUGAAGGACUUCCCCGAUGAGCUGAGAGCUGACAUCGCCAUGCAUCUGAAUAACGAGCUGCUGCAGCUGCCGCUCUUCGAAUCGGCCAGCAGGGGAUGUCUGCGCUCCCUCUCCCUCAUCAUCAAGACCUCCUUUUGCGCUCCUGGGGAGUUCCUCAUACGCCAAGGCGAUGCCCUCCAGGCCAUCUACUUCGUAUGCUCGGGCUCCAUGGAAGUGCUGAAGGACAACACCGUGCUGGCCAUUCUGGGUCGGGGCGACCUGAUUGGCUCCGACUGUCUGACCCAGGAGGAGGUGAUUAAGACUAACGCCUGUGUGAAGGCCCUCACCUACUGCGACCUACAGUACAUCAGCCUCAAAGGCCUCCGUGAGGUACUCUGUCUCUAUCCUGACUACGCACAGAAGUUCAUCACUGAGAUCCAGCACGACCUGACGUACAACCUCCGGGAGGGACACAACACGGAGGCAGACUGCGAAAGCAACGGAGGAAUCAUGAAGAAGCUUCCGUCCAUCAAGGAGGACGAGGAAGGGUCCGGGUCGGAGGGUGAGCGCUCCCCUCUCCCAAAGAUGCCUCCCCUGGGCAGGCUGGGCCGAGGUCUUCGCUCUCCGCUGCGCUCCCCUCUACGUUCCCCUCUGCUGCCUGCAAGAACCUUCAGACCAGCGAGCGACCACACCCGGCCCUCCAGCCUGCAGAUCCCGGUGGUGAGCUUCAGCUGCCUGCAGCCGGACCUCAGCCCUCGGUUUGUGGACGGGAUUGAGACAGAAAACCAAAGCGGUUCUGCUCAGAAGUUUGAUUUUUCUCCCAAUGCAACUCAGAGUUUCCUGCGCAGCCCUGAUUCAGCUGCCUCAGGGGACCAUAGUGAGGCUGACACCAUGGAGACUAUCGCUAAGUUAAAACAUGAAAUGAGCGUCCUCUCCCAUCAAGUGACCGCUGUCAGUCAGGAGCUGCAGGAAAUGACGCGACUCCUCAAACCUCUUUUCCAUAACCCCUCCAUGCUGCUGAUACCAAGCACAGUAACUCCGCCUCCCAGCGUGUCAUCACACAGCUGCUCCCCGGCUCCGCCCCUGCUUACCCAACACGCACCCGUGGACUGUUUGGACGAUCAAAAUCCUCUGCCCAUCAUUAUACCUAAGGCGUCCUCUCCUCAGCCGAGCAUGACAAAGAUGUUACAAGGAGAGUUUGAUCCGCUUCACUGUUCAAACAUCACCUCCCAUAAUCCUCCACUUCCUCAUCAGGCCAGUACCGCUCCCCCAGUCUCUCAUCGCUCCGCUCCACCGUCACUCAACAGCUCACCCCAUGAGCACACCCUCGUACCACAUCCCUCCUCCUCCAUCCCGUCUCUGUCCUCAUCAAGCCACCUGUCUUCCAUCACUCCCCUUUUGGUAGACUUAUCAGAAUCCCAUCACCCACUCCAGUUUCAGCCUGAUUCCCAGUUCACAUCCCAGUCAUAUCCCCAGCCCCUCCUCCAUCCCUCCAACAUGGCCUCACACCCUCGUGAACCCCUCCCGAACCUGCAGGAGGUUGAGUGGGAGGAGCACACCGCCCAGCUAAGCUUCAUCAACGAAGGACGGCCGUCGGUGUGAAGACAGAGGAUCGGGACACUGACACCGACAGAGAAGACCAACCAGCAUGCCGCAUAACUUACUGCAUGACAAACGUUUGUUCAAAGUUUGGCAUGU